AUGGCUAUCAAGCUGGCUGCGGCUGCCGUCUUUGAUCCUAAUGGUAGUUUUUCUCAGUGUGGGGUUUGGCUUGCAUGCUCUUUCGCAGCGGUAGUCCGCGUGCCACCCAAAGAAAGGAAUUUUCACGUCUUCUACAGCCUUUGCCAGGCGGCACGCAACGCCGAGAAAGCGCACAAGGCAAAGCAGCAGCAAGAGCAAGAGCAGAUGCAGGAGCAAGAGCAGAUGCAGGAGCAAGAGCAAGAGCAGAAGCAGAAGCAAGAGCAGAUGCAGGAGCCAGAGCAGCCUUAUUCAUCCUGGCUGUCGAACGUGUUGCUGGAUCUAGAUCUGGCAGCUGACUUUCGCUUUCUGCCCACAGGGGAAUCUCUGGAAGUUUCGGCUUCUGUCGAACUGAGGAAAUUGCUCGAUUGCCUGGCGAGGCUAGGCCUUACGACAGAGGAGCAGACGCUGUUGCUGCGUCUGCUUGCGGCUUUGCUGCACUUGGGCAACAUCGCGUUCGAAAGCCGUUCAGCAGCGACUGCGGCUGGAGACUCUGCCGGGAAGGCUGCUACCUCUGUCUCCCCCAGCAGCCUCUCCGCCUUAUCCUCUGCUGCCCGUCUGCUGCACCUGCCUGACCCCGAAGUGCUGCUGCAACGGCUCACCACGCGUGGAAUUCGAGACAUCCGGAAAGAUCUGACUCCCUCUGAGGCAGCUGCAAUUCGCGAUUCUCUCGCAAAGACUCUUUACAGCCGUCUCUUUGACUUUGUCACUGCCAAAAUCAACGACUCCCUCAACCCAUCACCUGCAGGGGGUACAGCGGCUUCUAAUGCCACAGACGACGCAUCACCAGGCACUGAGACAGCUACAUCUCCGCCUUCUGCGCCUUCCUGUGCAUACUGCGUCGGCAGCCGACUUGCCGUGCUGAGAAAACGCUUCUGCCUAUGCGACACAGCAGACACUGAAGAAAACACUCUUGGAAUUCUAGACAUCUUUGGAUAUGAAGAUCUCCAUCAGCUCUCCAGGCCGAAUACUCUCGAGCAGCUCUGUAUCAACUACGCCAGCGAGAGGCUGCACUGCUUUCUCCUCGAGAGCUGCGUCGAGACAGAAAAGCAGCUGCUGCUGGCAGAUGGCGUGACGUCCUCCUCCCCACGUCUCCGAGAAGCCACCGCUGAGCCUCAGCAGCAACAACUUCUCGACAGCUGCGAAGCAGCAGCCGAGCUGCUGCAUCGCAGUGCUGCCGUCUGUGCUGUGAUUGCCGGUCGUGAAGAGCUUCCCAAGACUGACGACAGCGAAACUUUCAAAAGCACCAAGAGUAAAUUCCAACGCAACAACAGCACCAAACGAGCACUAACAGCAGCGUGUGUAUGUGUUGUGUAUGGGUUGUAUAUGGGUUGU